AUGAAGGCCUUGCGCAACUCCCUCAAGGGGAACAAAGACCAGUCAAUCUCGGGGCCCCUGCCGCGCAUCUCUAAACCAUCCCCUGCCCUACAGCCUCCGCAGAAGGUCAUUCGCGCUACAUCUUCCUACAAGUCUCAAGCACCCCAGGAGCUUUCGUUCCAGAAGGGCGACUUCUUCUACAUAUUCACAGGUGCGGAUAGUCCAGGUGCCUACUAUGAAGCCCACAAUCCCGUCUCGGGUGCUCGAGGGCUGGUCCCCAAAGCUCUGUUCGAAGAAUUGCAGAAGAACAGUUCAAAGUUACACAUAUCGCCGCCACCUCCGAUGCAGAAUGGACGGCUAUCCCCUAAUGGUCCGAAAACGCCUGGUGGAGGGCCAAAGUCCCCGAAGCCGCAAGUAUUCUAUGCCGUCGUAAUGCACGACUUCACCGCCGAGAGAGCGGAUGAACUGGACGCCAAGGCAGGGGACCCCAUCUCUGUCGUAGCCCAAUCCAACCGAGAAUGGUUUGUGGCGAAACCGAUCGGACGUUUGGGCAGACCGGGCCUGAUCCCCGUAUCCUUCGUCGAAGUACGGGAUCCAGCCACCAACCAGCCCAUCCCAGACAUCGAUGCUAUCAUUGAUCGCGGCGAACUGCCUCGGGUGGAGGAGUGGAAACGCCAGAUGCUCACCUACAAAGCCAAUAGCAUCUCUCUUGGUGUUAUCGACGAUGUGUCCUCGCGAGGGCCGGUUCCCAAUAGCCCAUUCAUGCCCCAGUAUCCACCCACCCCCGAAAUGCCGGCGCCUGUCGAAAAAUUAGCACCCCCGCCGCCGUCGAAUGGCUAUGACGCCGCCGAUGGCUCCCAAGCAGGUCCUUCGCGACCAGUUUCUCCGUUGCUUCUCCCGGAAGGCGUUUUGCUUGCAGCGGACGUUACUUCCUUCCACCACGAAAUGGAGGAGUACUGGUUCCGUAUCAACGCCAUCUAUCAGCCAUUCGAACCUCCCAAUUCCGACGUACUUCCGGCCGGAAAGCAGUUGGUGCUAUUCCGGUCAUACAAUGACUUCUUCGACUUCCAAGUCAAGCUACUGGAGAUGUUCCCUCGCGAAGCCGGUCGCGAGCCGCCGCACAAACGCAUACUGCCGUUUAUGCCUGGUCCAGUGGAGGACGUAGACGCCGUUGUGACGGCACAGCGCAGGGCAGAACUUGAUGCAUACCUCCAUCAUCUGUGUGAUCUCCUGCAAACUAAUGCGCAAUAUAUCCUGCGACAUCGAGUGCUGCGGGAGUUUCUGUCCGUGAAGCCAGGAGACGUCGAGACCGACAUCGAACCGCAGGUCGAACAGAUUAGGGCCAUGCGGGAUGUGUACGAAUACAUGGAGCGGAACGGAGAUGCUCAUGAUCAGGAUAACAUCGAUCCUCUGGCAGAUGAUUCGAGCUACGAGGAUGAGUUGAAUCAUGGGUUGAGCCGGACGAGGAUUCAGGAGGAAGACGAAGGCAGCGAAGGGUCGAUCUAUGAAGACGAUACUCGGGUGCCCGGACAGGCGCAUGACCGCGACCAAACCUACAAGUACCACAACUCGGCGACAAAUGGUAAUGGGGCCCAGAUGCACCAUGGGUACAAGCCAUCUUUGGGCCAAGACCUCCAUGCACGGUCUGGGUCGACAUCUUCUCUUUCGAUUCACCGAACACAAUCACCAGGCGACUCGGCCUACCAUUCCCGGUCGAACUCGCCUGUCUACCCUCCAAGUCAGAAGGAUACCUACUCUUUGCGAAACCAGGUCCUAUCGCCGCGAGAAUCGGAGUCGACCCGCAGUAGCGGCUACUCCCAGACCUCGCACAUGUCUGCCGCCAAUUCUGCUGCAUCUUCUGCGACAUCUCCCACGUCGGCAAGGUCACGGUCGAUUGCGAACACGCCUCCAAUAUCUGCGUCCAACCAGCAGCCUGCGUUCGUCAAGAUCAAGAUCUUCGACAGGACCGCGGACGACCUUAUUGCUAUCCGUGUGCACCCCAAGGUAUCGUACUCGCAACUCAUUGAGAAGGUCCAAGGAAGAUUGGGCGGCAACAUCGCGGCGCUGAAGUACCGGGAUAGCAUGAAUAAUGCCUUCGUGGAGCUGGAACACGAUGAAGAUCUGAGAGAAUGGAUUGAAACCGCGGACAAAUAUGUUCUAUAUGCUGAAUGAAGACCGGGGGUUGGGUCAGAAAGACGUGUUGUAUUACCGGACAUUACGGGUGAUGUAUCAGGUAUCUUUGGGUUCAUUAUCUUAUUAUCUCCAUUUCCCUCUGUUCGUUAUUCUCUUCUCGCCUUCCCUCUGAUCUCGCUUUGUCUCUUGUGUCACCUGUGUUCGACGUUGAUUUGUCCUCAUAAUCCAUGUAGUAGUAGCGUCCACCUUCGUACUAGUUCACUAAAUUUUUCACAUACAUCUGUUCCAGCUUCUCCCUGUCCCUUAACUUUAUUCAACGAACGUAUCUGGUCUCAACCAUG